AUGGCAGAGUCACGAGUUGUUAAUAUCGUCGGAGCUGGCAUUUUUGGACUUUCCUUGGCCAUCGCGCUGCGAUCAAACGGGCACAAAGUGACGGUUUUUGACCAAUGCCCGUACGAUGACACAGGUUAUGCUCCAGGUGCAGACCCGUUGCAUGAAGCAGCAUCAGUCGACCAUAACAAAAUUAUGCGAUCAUCCUAUGGUAAGAAAAUUCAUUACCAGCGACUUUCCCUUGAAAGUCGAGAGCUUUGGCUCCAAAUGAACCAAGAGCAUGGAAAGGACUUUUUUGUGGAAAGCUGCAUGCUGCGAGUGCAACCAAGUGACCAACUCGGUCUCUUGGAAAGGGAAACCUUGGACAGUCUGACGCGAGACGGGCUCCGCGACACACAGUUUGUCAAAGGCGAUGCGCAUGACCGUCUCCGGGCGGCAGAACUAGGGUGGGAUCAUAAACUGCUCGACUUUAACAUCCCUGGUGAGAGCGGGAAGACAUUCGAAGCAGUUCUUGAUACAAUUUCCGGAUUCAUCAAAUGUAGCGAAUCCUGUGCGCAUCUUCAAAAGAUGGCUGUCGAUCUCGGGGUUGAUUUCCGAUUCGGACCCGAGAAGGGUUGCUUUGAAUCUCUUGUCCUCGAGACCCAGUUGCAGGAUACGCAAGAAACUGAUUGCAAAAAGGCUAUUGGUAUCAAGACAAGGGAUUCAGUAUUCCAUCAGAGCGAUGUUGUAGUAAUUGCAGGUGGGUCAUGUUCAACCCAGCUACUACCAGAGCUUUCCUAUCAUCUUGAAUCAUCUGCUGGAAGUAUUGUUACCUUCAAGAUUGAUCCCAAUGAUGAGCAACUCUGGACCAAGUAUGCGCCAGAGAACUUUCCGGUCAUGACUUGGAAGAGUGCACCGCGUGAUGAAAAUGGUAAAGACACCGGUAGCGUCUACGUCUUUCCGAGGACUACGGAUGGUCUCAUCAAGAUUGGUUACCGUGGUAUCAAGUUUACCAAUUUUGUGCCGGCACCCAAAGGGACACCUUUCACGCAGGAUGGGCAAUGGUCAGUCCCGCUUCCGCCAGGUAAACCAGAGCAGCUUCCUCGACCAGCAGUGGAGGCAAUCAGGCGAUUCGUGUCGGUUUUCUUGCCAGAAUUCGCCAAAGUUCCCUUUCAUUCGAGUAAAUUCUGCUGGUAUACCGACUCCUUGGACAAUUCUUUCGUCAGCGACUAUGUCCCUACAUAUGCCGAUCAAUCUGUCUUUGUUUGCACCGGCGGCAGUGGCCACGGCGCCAAGUUUCUACCGGUCCUAGGAAAGCAUGCUGCUGAUAUCUUUGAACAUGGAAGCAACAGUUCAUCAUUCAUGUAUCCGUUCUGGUGCUGGCGCGAUGAUGCGCCUCGUGGUAACGGGCUGGAGGAGGGUCCAAGCGGUCCCAGGAACAUUGGACAUGAAUAG